CAAACCGCUGUGAGGACUCUGCGUGUGUUCAACUGAAAAAGAGGGGAAACCAUCCACCCGGCUUGAAAUUCAAACAUGAGUCUUCGAGAAAUCAGUGAGAACGUGAAGCUGGCCCGCGAAUACGCCUUGCUGGGAAACUACAACUCGGCCAGUGUCCUCUAUCAUGGAUUGCUAGAACAAAUCAAAAAGUAUUUGUACACCGUGCGGGACAGCAGUUUUCAGCAGAGAUGGCAGCAGUUGUGGCAAGAAAUUAGUGAAGAGAAUCGACAGGUUCAGGAUAUAAUGUCAACUCUGGAGAACUUUCAGCUGGACACGACGCCUGCCAAACCCAGUAACCACGAUGAUUGUGACAUAAGGCCUGUACAUGUGGAGCCGAGACACUCUCCUUGUCCCGUCAGGCGGCCUACUAACCCCUAUAAAGACAGCAAGCCUCCAAACAACCGGCUGAGCGUGGCUGUGAGGGCCCAGCAGAGGCACUCGCCUCGGGGGGCCAACGGGGACAGAAGCAAAGUCUCCAAGGGCAAAGAAAAGAAGGAGGCAAAGGAAGCCACUGGCAAAACAAAGGAGGAUAAGAACAAAGCAGAAGUCCAGGAGAAGGAAGUGAAAAAGUUUGACGGGACAGGAUAUGACAAAGACCUUGUGGAAGCUCUGGAGAGAGAUAUUAUAUCUCAGAAUCCAAACGUUAAAUGGGACAACAUCGCAGACUUGGAAGAUGCAAAAAAACUGCUGAAAGAAGCGGUCGUGUUGCCCAUGUGGAUGCCAGCAUUUUUCAAAGGCAUACGAAGACCAUGGAAGGGGGUGCUCAUGGUCGGACCUCCGGGCACAGGGAAAACACUUUUGGCCAAAGCCGUCGCUACAGAAUGCAGAACCACAUUCUUCAACGUUUCCUCAUCUACUCUCACCUCCAAGUACAGAGGGGAGUCUGAGAAGCUGGUUCGCCUCCUGUUUGAAAUGGCACGUUUUUACGCUCCCACUACAAUCUUCAUCGAUGAAAUUGACUCCAUGUGCAGCCGCAGAGGGACGUCCGAGGAGCAUGAGGCCAGCCGGAGAGUCAAGGCGGAGCUGCUGGUGCAGAUGGAUGGUGUCGGUGGAGCAUCAGAAAACGACGACCCGUCAAAGAUGGUCAUGGUCCUGGCUGCCACCAACUUCCCAUGGGACAUCGAUGAGGCGCUGAGGAGACGGCUGGAGAAGAGGAUCUACAUCCCUCUGCCUUCAACCAAGGGGCGAGUGGAGCUGCUCAGGAUCAACCUGAAGGAACUGGAGCUGGCCGGCGAUGUGAAUUUGGACAAGAUCGCGGACCAGAUGGAGGGUUACUCAGGAGCCGACAUCACCAACGUGUGCAGGGACGCCUCUCUGAUGGCCAUGAGGCGAAGAAUCGAGGGCCUCACACCAGAAGAGAUCCGCAACAUUUCCCGGGACGAGAUGCACAUGCCCACCACCAUGGAGGACUUUGAGUCGGCUUUGAAGAAAGUUUCCAAAUCUGUGUCUGCAGCCGACCUGGAGAAGUAUGAGAAGUGGAUUGAAGAGUUUGGGUCUUGCUGAAAAAAAAAAAAAAAAGGCGU